AUGCGGGAAAGGGCUGGUGCGAAGUUCCGGUCUCAAGCCCGUGAUGCCAUUGCGCCACUGCCAUUGAGCCAGGCUGACAAACGCUUACUGGAUCGAUUGAAACGUUUUUCUCGUAAGGGUGACUGGGACGGCGUGGAAUCCGCUUUCAGCAGCUACAAAGGAAACUCCUCACAAAUCUACAGUCAAGUCAUGCAUGCCGCUUUCCGGUGUGGCCGGUAUCAGCGUGGAGUGGCGGUAUACAACAAUCUGUGUGCGAUGGGGCUGCCAAAGAAUUUGCCGGUCUUUACGCUGGCAACCAAGCUUUUCGCCAAAGCCGGAGAUACUGUGCUUGUCCGCAAGACUUGGGCAGAGGCAUUGGAAACCAACGCCAUGGAUGUUCCCCUUGCAGGGGCGCGGAUUGAUGCAGCCGCAGAAGAAGGGGACAUUGUCUCAGCAGCAACCGUGCUAGACAACAUGACCAAACAAAAGCUGCAACCGAACCUAGCUCACUUCACUUCUGCGGUUCGUGCAUGCGUGAGUGCUGAGGGAGUAAGCCAUAAUGCAGCCAAUUUUCUACUGCGUAAAGUGGAAGAGCAGGGGCUUGCUCCAGAGCUGAUAUUCUUCACGGCGCUGAUCAAAUCUUACACGCAUGCGGACUUGGGAAACUUCACAGCGGCAUACCAGAAAAUGAAGGACUUCGGCAUAGAGCCUGACCGAGUUUUUGCGGAGACCUAUUUGGGUACACUACUACAACCAAACACAAAGGGUGUCAGCAUGCUCGAGGCCUUGCAGGGCACCGAUCCUAGCGUACUGGCAGCGGCUCGGGAAGCUCUACAGGACUUUGAAGCAGCCAAUGUCGAGUUGUCCGGCCUGUGCCGGUCGGUGCAAAGGGCACUAGGGAGGAUUCUUGACAUGUGA